AUGGAGCCAAUCACGAGGAAAAAAGGGAGCAAAUAUAAAAAACAAAGAAUUUCAUGCUGUAAAUUGUACAAAACAAGUUUAGGAGUUCAAUCCAAAGAGUUUUUUGAACACACAACCUUGCAUGGUGUUAAAUACAUUGGGGCAGAAGGAAGACCUUUCUUUGAGAAAUUCAUGUGGUUUGUUUGUGUAGUUGUGGCAGCAAUCACCUUAAUUUGUAUAAUAUUAAGUGUGUGGGCAAAGUUCCAAACAAAUCCGACAAUCACAGGUUUGGAUACAGAUUUCCACGAAAUAAAAACAACGUUUCCUUCCAUCACGAUUUGCCAGCAAAAUCCAAGCAGUCCUGAAAGUAUAUACGACUUUUUAAGCCAGAAAUUUCCAGACAAUCCAAACAUCAGUAACAGCUCAGAAGUGGUUAAUUAUUUGCAGGAACUGUCCAAAGUUUCGCUGAAUACGAUAACUGAGUUCUUUCAGAUCGAUCAAAAUUUUGAAUUUAUAGACAAAGAAAAGAAUCUGAGAGAUUUUAUUUUUCAGCUAAUGAUUAAAUGUGAAAAUGUAUUUGAAAAAUGUAUUUGGAAAACAAUAAUUUAUAGUUGUUGCAAUGUAUUUUUUCCUGUGUUCACUGAGAUUGGCUUUUGCUACACCUUUAAUUCGGAGCAUUAUGAAAAGAUAAUGCCUGGAAUUAACAAAACGUUGCCGCCGUUUAAAGUUAAAUUCGUCAAAGAAACAGACCUCAAAUGGUCUCUAAAAUUCAAAGUCAAAGAAGAGGGUAUCACUCCGAUUUACAUCCUAAAAUACAACGAAAUAGCUGGUAUACAUAUAAGACCCCAUCACAUCUGGGAGCAUAAAGUCCGAAAGAUAACAUUUUCAGCAGAACAAACUUGGACAACAGAAGCCACCCGUGAAUUGUCCAUAAAACAAAGAGGCUGCGUCUUUGAUGGUGAAAUACCUUUAGAGUUCAGUUUGGAUUACAGCUACGCCACAUGUUCCAUACAAUGUAGAAUGAAGCAGUGUUUAAAACUUUGCAAUUGUGUCCCACACUUCUAUCCUUUGAUCGAAGGGCUGGAAAUUUGUACUCUUCAAGGUUUGCGGUGCAUUGCGGACAAUCUAGAUGCCAUAAAGAAAAUUCAAAAUUGUGGGUGUGGCUUGGCUUGUGGCAAUACAGUUUAUGAUGUUGAGAAGCUGGACGAGGUCGCAGAGGACGAUGAUAAGUUGAUGAUGGAGACAAAAAUAAAUUAUUUUGAAAUGUACAAAAGAGAAGUGAUGUUUGGAUGGGUCGACUUAUUGGUAUCUUUUGGAGGAAUCGCUGGAUCGUUCAUGGGUUUCAGCCUGCUUUCAGCUGUAGAGAUAAUUUACUACUUCACAGUUAGACCGUUUUGUAUGUUGGUAAGAGAUUCUAAAGGACUAGCGAGGAUUGUAAGAGAGGAGGCUUCCAAACCUCCACCAGAUUAUGACUUAAGUUUAGUUCCCUAUUUCAUAUCGGGACCUGUAGCAGGAAAUGGAAUCGAAGAAAUUCUCAAAAGUUACGACGAAGACGAAAGUCAAGUGAUUCAAGUGAAGGAAAAGCAAAAACAAGAUGAAAGCAUCACACCUCCAUUUGGCAUAGAAUUUAUAAACUAAUUAGUGUGUUUUGUUCUAUUUAUUAACCUAAUUUUAUCAUUGUUAUAACUUUGUCCAUUACGGACAACAAUAUACAAACAAAUGUAAGCUUUCCCAGACAUUUCUAUUACACUCACAAUAAAGCAAUUGAUUUCAA